AUGAAGCGAGCCGUCUCCGCUCUCUGGGCGCGCCGCGCCGUCCGCCAAGCCUACCUCUACACCACCACCACCACCGCCACCUCGUCGUCGCCUGAGGUGGGGGCGUCCGCGUCAGAGGCGUGGGACGGGCGUUUCCGGCUCCACAAGCCGCGCGGGCAGCACCUGCUCACCAACCCGCGCGUCCUCGACGCCAUCGCGCUCCGCGCCGCGAUCAGUCCGGGCGACGCCGUCCUCGAGGUCGGCCCCGGCACAGGCAACCUCACCGCGCGCCUCCUCGCGUCCCACGCGGCGCGCGUCGCCGCCGUCGAGAUCGACCCGCGGAUGGUCGAGGCCGUCACCGCGCGCGCCGCCGCUCUCGGCCUCGCGGACAAGCUGACGGUGAUCGCGGGCGACACCGUUGAGGUAGAGUUCCCGGAGUUCGACGUCUGCGUGGCCAACAUCCCCUACGGCAUCUCCUCGCCGCUGAUCGCCAAGCUGCUGUUCGGCCCCUACCGGUUCCGGACGGCGACGCUGCUGCUCCAGAAGGAGUUCGCGCGGCGACUCGUGGCCACGUCGGGCGACGGGGAGUACAACCGGCUGGCGGCCAACGUGCGCCUGGUCGCCGACGUGAGGCUGCUCAUGGACGUGAGUAAGAGGGACUUCGUGCCCAUGCCCCGGGUGGACUCGUCCCUCGUCGAGAUCCGGCCGCGGGGCAUCGCGCCAGGGGUUGACGUCAGCGAGUGGCUGGCGUUCACGCGCGUGUGUUUCGGGCAGAAGAACAAGACCCUCGGCGCCAUCUUCAAGCAGAAGAGGAUGGUUACGGAGCUGUUCGGACAGUCGCAGAGAGGCGAGGGAUGUGCCGCUGGUCCCAGCCUCGGUGCGCUUGACGGCGACAGUGGCGAGGAUGAUUGUGGGGGAAACGACGAUGGCAGGAACAGAGUGGUUGGUUUCAGCGAGGAAGAGGUCGCGGCGUUCAAGGAGAGGGUUGCCGGAGCCUUGGACACCGCCGAGCUCGCCGGCAAAAGGCCAUCGAAGGUAUCCAACGACGAGCUGAAGCGGUUGCUCCGGCUGUUCAACGAGCGCGGGGUGCGGUUCCAUUAG